UAAUCUAUAAAUAUAAAAACCCAAGGGCUUUAAGACACGAGGUCUCUUUGCCCGUGAUUUUCAAAUCACAACCCAAUGCGUGGAUGAGCAGAUCAUUAUUUUCAGAUUGGUUUGAAAAUCAUUUUAAGCCCUCCGUAAACCAAUUUCAAGAGGAACGAGGUAUAACAGGAAAGGUCAUAUUAUUUGUUGACAAUUGCGAAGCGCAUAAAUUACCAGCAGAAAAUUUAAAAGACGAGAAGUUUGAAAUAAUAUUUUUACCACCCAAUACAACAUCCUUGAUCCAACCAAUGGAUCAGGGAGUUAUAGAAAAAACUAAACGAGCUUUCCGCCAUAAACUACUCCAACGCGUGUUAACAUAUGAUGGUGGAGUACAAGAAUUUUAUAAAGAAUAUACUUUAAAAAAUUGUAUUGAUAUUUUUACUCAAGCAUGGUCAGCAAUAACGCAAACAAAUUUAAGAAAUGCGUGGAAUCAAAUUCUUGGACCUGUUGCUGCUGUCCAACCUCCACCAUUAGAAUCUGAUUGGCAGGACAUGAUAAGUGCCAUUACGGGAGAAGACUGUUCAGAACAACAGGUUGCAGAUUUUUUAUCCACCUGCCAGAAAUUAGAAGAUAAAAGUGCAGACCAGGAGAAACAUGAAGAUGUUUUAAACGAACCCCAGGAGGAACCACCCGAAACGAUGUUCGAGGAGGACAACGAUACAAUUGACGAUUUACGCGACAUAUUUAGUCGCUUAAGUGUUCAUAGUGACAGAGCACCACUACAUAUACAAUAUGCGGUACAGAGCCUGAAGAUAUUUUUCUUAAACAAAGAAUAA